AUGUUGCUGCCGUCAUGCGGUCGCCUCCGGCGGCUCUUCCGUCAGUCUCACUCCUUCAGUCUCCAGACCAGCCUGCUGCUCCUCUUCCUCUUCUGUAUGGUGAGCGUCCUGGUCUCCGCCUACUUCCUCUACGGAGUCAAGCGGGAGCUGGAGCCGGCGGCGGGGGUGGGCAUGGGAGGGCCGGAGGAGGGCACUGCCGACUGGGACGACCCCCGGGCCGCCACGCCCCCCACCUCCUCCCGGGCGCUCCCUCCACGCACAGCCAGGCCCUCAGACGUGUUGCGCACCGACCCUGUGGUGCUGGUGUUUGUUGAGAGCCUGUACUCCCAGCUGGGACAGGACGUUGUGGCCAUCCUGGAGUCUGGACGCUUCCUCUACCGAACCGAGAUGGCCCCGGGGAAGGGGGACAUGCCCACCCUGACAGACAAGGACCGAGGCCGUUUCACGCUGGUCAUCUACGAAAACAUCCUGAAGUACGUCAACCUGGACGCUUGGAACAGAGACCUGCUGGACAAGUACUGUGUGGAGUACGGAGUGGGCAUCAUAGGCUUCUUUAAGGUUAGUAUGAAGUGGGUACUCUAGACUUCUUUUUAAGAUGAGAGCCAGUCACUGAUUGCAACCCAGGCUGGUAAGGUUGGUGUACAUUGCUUAUCACUCUUAAGUAUCUUUAAUCAGCUGUGUAAACCCCUGUAGCUCAGUUGGUAGAGCAUGGCGCUUGCAAUGCCAGAGUUGUGGGUUCGUUUCCCACGGGGGGCCAGUAUGAAAAUGUAUGCACUCACUAACUGUAAGUCGCUCUGGAUAAGAGCUAAAUGACUAAAAUGUAAAAUGUAAACAAACAAUAGGUCCUAAGAAACGGUAGUAAAAUAAAGAUGCCUGUGAAGCUAUAGAAAUUAUACACCUAGAUUGGUUUGUCUAAGCACAUAGUCAAAUGACUAGAAAAACCUUCAUUUUUUUCUAUUGUGAACAGCCCUGAAGCCGAGGGGGAAUUCUGUGGUUUGCGAUAAAAGCUUCUGAUUGAAAUAUGCGCUUGUUAAUUUUAAAUGACUUAAUUUUAAAUGACACCAUCAAGGCGGGCAGGUUCCGCCUUGAUGGUGUCGUCUAACCUGGAAGUCUACCUCCAAGAUCAGCGAGUACAGUAUAAUACAAUACACACACACACACACACACACAGAGGUUUAUCAACAGAGUCUGUGCCUGUGGUUGUUUGCCAUGCUGUGGUUGGCUACUACCCUGCCGUUCCUUAAGUACGGUGGUCCUUUCAUGGCUCAUUGCUCAGCUGAUAAUGGCCCCACUGGAACAUGGCUCAGCAAAUUCGGCAGGAGUGGGAUUUAGCUGCUUGGCUGCUACAGUACCUUCAGCCUGAUUCUCCAUGGUCGGGUCUGAAGUGAACACCCACCUGUUAGAACCACUACACUGGGACCAAAUGGCCUCGCCCAGCCUGGUCCCAGAGCACUCGAGCAGGGCAGUUAUAACUACAGGGUAGAUCCCAGAGCACUAGAACAGGGCUGUAAUAACUACAGGGUAGAUCCCAGAGCACUAGAACAGGGCUGUAAUAACUACAGGGUAGAUCCCAGAGCACUAGAACAGGGCUGUUAUAACUACAGGGUAGAUCCCAGAGCACUAGAACAGGGCUGUAAUAACUACAGGGUAGAUCCCAGAGCACUAGAACAGGGCUGUAAUAACUACAGGGUAGAUCCCAGAGCACUAGAACAGGGCUGUUAUAACUACAGGGUAGAUCCCAGAGCACUAGAACAGGGCUGUAAUAACUACAGGGUAGAUCCCAGAGCACUGGAACAGGGCUGUAAUAACUACAGGGUAGAUCCCAGAGCACUGGAACAGGGCUGUAAUAACUACAGGGUAGAUCCCAGAGCACUAGAACAGGGCUGUAAUAACUACAGGGUAGAUCCCAGAGCACUAGAACAGGGCUGUAAUAACUACAGGGUAGAUCCCAGAGCACUAGAACAGGGCUGUUAUAACUACAGGGUAGAUCCCAGAGCACUAGAACAGGGCUGUAAUAACUACAGGGUAGAUCCCAGAGCACUAGAACAGGGCUGUAAUAACUACAGGGUAGAUCCCAGAGCACUAGAACAGGGCUGUAAUAACUACAGGGUAGAUCCCAGAGCACUAGAACAGGGCUGUAAUAACUACAGGGUAGAUCCCAGAGCACUAGAACAGGGCUGUUAUAACUACAGGGUAGAUCCCAGAGCACUGGAACAGGGCUGUAAUAACUACAGGGUAGAUCCCAGAGCACUAGAACAGGGCUGUUAUAACUACAGGGUAGAUCCCAGAGCACUAGAACAGGGCUGUUAUAACUACAGGGUAGAUCCCAGAGCACUGGAACAGGGUAAUUACACUAAGGCAGGGGAUAGGGGCUGCUUUAAGCCACUCUCAUCCUCCCAUUAGUCAUUGAGCUUAAUCCCAUAUCCAUGUUGUUGCUGUAUAAUUGGAAUAGAUCCUCCCCUCCUAAACUAGCACUAGAGUCAGUAUCCUCAUUCACCCAGGGUUAGGCUAUAUUAAGAACUGCCCCUUUUCCUGCUGUUUUCCUGCUGUUUGUGGCCAUUUGGUCAAUCACCUCCUUAGUAUCCCUGAGCUAGUAGCCAUGUUGCCAUGACACACCAAGGUAUAAUAGGUGUUAACCACCCUGGUCCCUAUAUCUUUCUGACUGAGAGGUAUACCUACUAGCUAUAGGUGAUAACCACCCUGGUCCCUAUAUCUAUCUGACUGAGAGGUAUACCUACUAGCUAUAGGUGAUAACCACCCUGGUCCCUAUAUCUAUCUGACUGAGAGGUAUACCUACUAGCUAUAGGUGAUAACCACCCUGGUCCCUAUAUCUAUCUGACUGAGAGGUAUACCUACUAGCUAUAGGUGAUAACCACCCUGGUCCCUAUAUCUAUCUGACUGAGAGGUAUACCUACUAGCUAUAGGUGAUAACCACCCUGGUCCCUAUAUCUAUCUGACUGAGAGGUAUACCUACUAGCUAUAGGUGAUAACCACCCCGGUCCCUAUAUCUAUCUGACUGAGAGGUAUACCUACUAGCUAUAGGUGAUAACCACCCUGGUCCCUAUAUCUAUCUGACUGAGAGGUAUACCUACUAGCUAUAGGUGAUAACCACCCCGGUCCCUAUAUCUAUCUGACUGAGAGGUAUACCUACUAGCUAUAGGUGAUAACCACCCUGGUCCCUAUAUCUAUCUGACUGAGAGGUAUACCUACUAGCUAUAGGUGAUAACCUACCUGGGCGGCAGGUAGCUUAGUGGCUAAGAGCGUUGUGCCAGUAAUCGAAAGGUCGCUGGUUCUAAUCCCCGAGCCGACUAGGUGAAAAAUCUGCCGAUUUGCCCUUGAGCAAGGCACUUAACCCUAAUUGCUCAUGUAAGUCGCUCUGGAUAAGAGCGUCUGCUAAAUGACGUAAAUGUAAUAACCACCCUGGUCCCUAUAUCUAUCUGACUGAGAGGUAUACCUACUAGCUAUAGGUGAUAACCACCCUGGUCCCUAUAUCUAUCUGACUGAGAGGUAUACCUACUAGCUAUAGGUGAUAACCACCCUGGUCCCUAUAUCUAUCUGACUGAGAGGUAUACCUACUAGCUAUAGGUGAUAACCACCCUGGUCCCUAUAUCUAUCUGACUGAGAGGUAUACCUACUAGCUAUAGGUGAUAACCACCCUGGUCCCUAUAUCUAUCUGACUGAGAGGUAUACCUACUAGCUAUAGGUGAUAACCACCCUGGUCCCUAUAUCUAUCUGACUGAGAGGUAUACCUACUAGCUAUAGGUGAUAACCACCCUGGUCCCUAUAUCUAUCUGACUGAGAGGUAUACCUACUAGCUAUAGGUGAUAACCACCCUGGUCCCUAUAUCUAUCUGACUGAGAGGUAUACCUACUAGCUAUAGGCCAAUAUUGCUUGUGAUUUUGAAUUACUUAAGUCAAUAUCCAGACGGAUAGAUGCAUAGUAAGUCCUAUUCUCUAAAGUCCGAUAUUGCCAGUGGGUCUGAGCACCAAGUAGCAUCUGCUAAACCACUGAAUGAUGGUUUGCUUGUUUGGUUUGCAUGGGAGUCUGACAGGGUCAGGAUGACUCGCUGUCUGGGGCUGCUGUGACUGUGAUUGAUUGUUGAGAAUCGCCAAAUGCUGUUAAUCACCAAUCAAUACAGCAGUUAUGGGUCCACAUCAUCGGCAUCCGGGGACCAGCUGUUGUUGGGGGUUAACUGCCUUGCCGUCUUGGGCAUUCGAACCAGCAACCUUUCGGCGCUUAAUCGCUAGGCUGCCUGCACACAAACACAGAGAUUUACACACAUACCACGACCCAUGCAUAGCCACACUUAUGGGAAUUACAGAGCCUUUACCUCUUUGGUAAUGAAUCUCUGAAUCAGUGUCUAUUGUGUGUUGGAGAAUUGGAAGUAACAUUGGCAGUUUUAUAUAAUCAUCUCAAGGAUAAAGUGUGCAAAUGUUUUCAGCAGGAAACUAACUGUAAACUGAAAUGCAGCUGACUUGACCUAGCUCCAUCUCUCCCCUGUCCUCUCUCCCAGGCCAAUGAGAACAGCCUACUCAGUGCCCAGUUGAAGGGCUUCCCUCUCUUUCUCCAUUCCAACCUGGGCCUGAAGGACUGCAGCGUCAACCCCAAGUCUCCCCUGCUCCUCAUCACUAAGGCCCGGGAGGUGGAGCGAGGCCCCCUACCCGGAGACGACUGGACCGUCUUCCAGUCCAACCACUCCACCUACGAGCCUGUUCUCCUAGCGAGGACCCGGGUGCCUGACCUGGGCCUGUCCGGUGCGGGGACAGGGAUGGGCAGCAGCCCCCUCCAUGCCUCUGUGGUCCAGGACCUUGGGCUCCACGACGGCAUCCAACGGGUGCUCUUCGGCAACAACCUCAACUUCUGGCUGCAUAAGCUGGUGUUUGUUGACGCUGUGUCCUUCCUUACUGGCAAGAGGCUGUCUCUGUCUCUAGAUCGCUACCUGCUGGUGGACAUCGAUGACAUCUUCGUGGGCAAGGAGGGCACCCGCAUGAAGGUCUCAGAUGUCAAGGUAAGCAUCCGCAGUGGAUUGGGAAAGGUCUUUGUAAGGGGGGUUUGUGUGUGUAAUCGCUCAUUAUCUGUUGCAUCGCAAUCUGCCCUAUUCUAUUGCUGGUGCAUACAUACUUCCCAGAGAGCCAUACUGUGUAAUGGUGAGUAACAGUGAGUCGUGCAGGUGUCAGUGCCAGAGCUGACUGUGAUGGAAGGAGAUGGAGAGUGAGACAGCCAGGUGACAUUACUAUGUAGGACUGAGCCCAUGCCAGAGCUGUGCAGAUGUGACGGUGACACAGGGGCACAGGUGCAGUCACCAACAUGUCUGUCCCCAGGGGGGCCUGACUUGAGGACAUGGGGACACAGCUGGCCUGACUGUCAUGGCAGUCUCACCCUGCCUUUGUCACUGUCUAUCCUGUCACAGACAGAGAGAGAGAAGGAUGGAGGGGGAGAGGAAGGAUUAGAGUGCAGCGGAGUGGAACAGAAUAUAUUUUCCUGUAUUUCCAUCCAAUGCCUCUUUUGAAAGUAGAAUAAGACUCUGUGUUACUGGAUUCCCACCACAUAGCCUCCUCAGCUCAGACAAACACUUAUUACAAACUAAAGGUCAGGAGCCGUCCUCCAGCGUUCUUCCACAUCGUUCUCUUUCUCCCUCCAACCCAGAGGACGGUCUUUUUCCAUACAGCAGUAGGGUAUGAAGCUCAGCUUAACCACUAUCUUCUCCAGCUUUGCUUUGUGUGAUGAGUCGCUGUUCAAAGGGCGUCCGCAGACUCGCCUGCAGCAUGAAUAUUUGAUACAGCUUCUUCUUCUUCUUCUUGUUCUUGUUCUUGGCGAGGGAGUGACGUUCAGUGAAGGGGGGGGAAUGAAACAUAAACCCAAUCAAUGCGCUCUUAUUGAGUUGUCUUGUAUGUCGGCGGGCCGCAACAGUGUUAAAUAUGAAUCAGGCGCUGAUGGAGCUGUGGCGGAGCGGGAGAAAUGGGGGGAGGGGGGAGGGGGGCGCGAGAGAGACUAAACCUAAAAACAAAUAGACCCAGAUGCAAAGUGAAUAUGGACAGGGUAAUGAAGCAUAGAGGGAUGAGGACGGUUUGUCAGAGGGGGACAGAGUGCACUUUUAUGUCUAUGCAGGAGGGAAAUGUGUGGCCUGAAUACUACUGCUAACUAAGGUGCUUCUUAGAGUAAAUGAAGCACAUUUCAGACAUGGAAUGCAACGCAAUGUGCUUCACAGGAAAAAACAAAUAAACAAUGAAAAUAAAAGCUGAAAUAUUUACUACUAAAGUAAAGGAAAGGAAUGAAAAUAAAGGAACGACUACAAAGCACUUUCUACACAGGGACACUCCAAGUCAAUCUUAAAUUAAUCAUUGUUUAUUAACAGUUAACUGGAGAGGUUCGAACAAACUUUUUUUAUUUUUUAUUUUGUUAUUCUUUAGGGGGUAGAUCAGCUUAAUAUUGCAGAUUGUAACUUCCAUCAAUGUAAUAAUAAUAAUAAUAAUAUGCCAUUUAGCAGACGCUUUUAUCCAAAAUGUAAUUCUCUGCAUCACUUCCAAUCCCCCGUGUGUGUGUGUGUGUGUGUGUGUGUGUGUGUGUGUAUGUACAGUGGGGAAAAAAAGUAUUUAGUCAGCCACCAAUUGUGCAAGUUAUCCCACUUAAAAAGAUGAGAGAGGCCUGUAAUUUUCAUCAUAGGUACACGUCAACUAUGACAGACAAAAUGAGAUUUUCUUUCCCAGAAAAUCACAUUGUAGGAUUUUUAAUGAAUUUAUUUGCAAAUUAUGGUGGAAAAUAAGUAUUUGGUCAAUAACAAAAGUUUCUCAAUACUUUGUUGUAUACCCUUUGUUGGCAAUGACACAGGUCAAAUGUUUUCUGUAAGUCUUCACAAGGUUUUCACACACUGUUGCUGGUAUUUUGGCCCAUUCCUCCAUGCAGAUCUCCUCUAGAGCAGUGAUGUUUUGGGGCUGUCGCUGGGCAACACAGACUUUCAACUCCCUCCAAAGAUUUUCUAUGGGGUUGAGAUCUGGAGACUGGCUAGGCCACUCCAGGACCUUGAAAUGCUUCUUACGAAGCCACUCCUUCGUUGCCCGGGCGGUGUGUUUGGGAUCAUUGUCAUGCUGAAAGACCCAGCCACGCUUCAUCUUCAAUGCCCUUGCUGAUGGAAGGAGGUUUUCACUCAAAAUCUCAUGAUACAUGGCCCCAUUCAUUAUUUCCUUUACACGGAUCAGUCGUCCUGGUCCUUUUGCAGAAAAACAGCCCCAAAGCAUGAUGUUUCCACCCCCAUGCUUCACAGUAGGUAUGGUGUUCUUUGGAUGCAACUCAGCAUUCUUUGUCCUCCAAACACUACGAGUUGAGUUUUUACCAAAAAGUUCUAUUUUGGUUUCAUCUGACCAUAUGACAUUCUCCCAAUCCUCUUCUGGAUCAUCCAAAUGCACUCUAACAAACUUCAGACGGGCCUGGACAUGUACUGGCUUAAGCAGGGGGACACGUCUGGCACUGCAGGAUUUGAGUCCCUGGCGGCGUAGUGUGUUACUGAUGGUAGGCUUUGUUACUUUGGUCCCAGCUCUCUGCAGGUCAUUCACUAGGUCCCCCCGUGUGGUUCUGGGAUUUUUGCUCACCGUUCUUGUGAUCAUUUUGACCCCACGGGGUGAGAUCUUGCGUGGAGCCCCAGAUCGAGGGAGAUUAUCAGUGGUCUUGUAUGUCUUCCAUUUCCUAAUAAUUGCUCCCACAGUUGAUUUCUUCAAACCAAGCUGCUUACCUAUUGCAGAUUCAGUCUUCCCAGCCUGGUGCAGGUCUACAAUUUUGUUUCUGGUGUCCUUUGACAGCUCUUUGGUCUUGGCCAUAGUGGAGUUUGGCCAUAGUGGCCAUAGUGGAGUUUGGAGUGUGACUGUUUGAGGUUGUGGACAGGUGUCUUUUAUACUGAUAACAAGUUCAAACAGGUGCCAUUAAUACAGGUAACGAGUGGAGGACAGAGGAGGAAACAGGUACAAAAGUAUCUAUAUCCACAGUAAAACGAGUCCUAUAUCGAAAUAACCUGAAAGGCCGCUCAGCGAGGAAGAAGCCACUGCUCCAAAACCGCCAUAAAAAAGCCAGACUACGGUUUUCAACUGCACAUGAGGACAAAGGGGCGGCACACAAAAGCGUCGUCGGGGUUUGGCCGGUGUAGGCAGUCAUUGUAAAUUAAAAAUGUGUUCUUAACUGACUUGCCUAGUUAAAUAAAGGUACAAUAUUUUUUAAUUUUAAAGAUCGUACUUUUUGGAUAAAUGUCCUCUGUUCUGAUGAAACAAAAAUAGAACUGUUUGGCCAUAAUGACCAUCGUUAUGUUUGGAGGAAAAAGGGGGUGCUUGCAAGCCGAAGAACAUCAUCCCAACCGUGAAGCACGGGGGUGGCAGCAUCAUGCUGUGGGGGUGUUUGCUGCAGGAGGGGCUGCUGCACUUCAUAAAAUAGAUGGCAUCAUGAGGAAGGAAACGUAUGUGGAUAUAUUGAAGCAACAUCUCAAGACAUCAGUCAGGAAGUUAAAGCUUGGUCUCAAACGGGUCUUCCAAAUGGACAAUGACCCCAAGCAUACUUCCAAAGUUGUGGCAAAGUGGCUUAAGGACAACAAAGUCAAGGUAUUGGAGUGGCCAUCACAAAGCCCUGACCUCAAUCUUAUAGAAAAUCUGUGGGCAGAACUGAAAAAGCGUGUGCGAGCAAGGAGGCCUACAAACCUGACUUAGUUACACCAGCUCUGUCAGGAGGAAUGGGCCAAAAUUCACCCAACUUAUUGUGGGAAGCUUGUGGAAGGCUACCUGAAACGUUUGACCCAAGUAAAACAAUUUAAAGGCAAUGCUACCAAAUAGUAAUUGAGUGUAUGUAACUUCUGACCCACUGGGAAUGUGAUGAAAGAAAUAAAAGCUGAAAUAACUAAUUCUCUCUACUAUUAUUCUGACAUUUCACAUUCUUAAAAUAAAGUGGUGAUCCUAACUGACCUAAGACAGGGAAUUUUUAGUAGGAUUAAAUGUCAGGAAUUGUGAAAAACUGAGUUUAAAUGUAUUUGGCUAAGGUGUAUGUAAACUUCCGACUUCAACUGCAUAUAUAUAUAUUUUUUAUUAUAAAUUAGCCAACAUUUCUAAAAACCUGUUUUUGCUUUGUCGUUAUUGUGUGUAGAUUGAUGGGGGGGGGGGGGGGGGGGCAAUUUAAUCAAUUUUAGAAUAAGGCUGUAACGUAACAACAUGUGGAAGAAGUCAAGGGGUCUGAAUACUUUCUGAAGGCACUGUAUAUGUAUUUAACAGCCUCUCCCUUCUUCUGUUCAGGCCCUACUGGAGACCCAGAAUGACCUGCGAACCUCCGUCCCCAACUUCACCUUCAACCUGGGUUUCUCUGGGAAGUUCUUCCAUACUGGUGGGUGGACUGGAACAAACCCACUGCAUGACUAUAACACCCAGGGGGAUCAAAUACAAUGUCUCGUGACCAACAAUCUGAGUCCAGAUAAUAAUAAUAAUAAUAAUAUGCCAUUUAGCAGACGCUUUUAUCCAAAGCGACUUAGUCAUGUGCGCAUAAAUUUUUACGUAUGGGUGGUCCCGGGGAUCGAACCCACUACCCUGGCGUUACAAGCGCCGUGCUCUACCACUUGAGCUACACAGGACCACAGAUAAUACUCUUGGUCAUCAGUAAUCUCUUGUGGACAGACUACAUAAACAUCUGACCAAAUUACGCGUGAUUUUAGUUCUGGGUUAACUGAGAUUAGAUCAUCAGUUACUUCACCAAGAAAAUGCAUCGAUCAAAUGUCCAAAUCAAUUAUUGCAUGAAUAUAAUUAACUUGCUUUAGAUUUUCCCAGCACAUAUAUCUAUAGGUUUUCAACACCACCACACACCUAUGCCCAUGCCAUGUGUAGACGAGGCUCAACCCCAUCCAUGUCUCUAUUUUCCAGGUACGGAUGAGGAGGACCUGGGGGACGACCUGCUCCUCUCCUAUGGGAAGGUGUUCUGGUGGUUCCCCCACAUGUGGAGUCACAUGCAGCCCCACCUCUUCCACAACCAGUCAGUGCUGGCUGAACAGAUGCUCCUCAACAGGAGGUUUGCACAGGUAGGUUGGGGGGGUCCUGCUCUACACUGACUGGGGGUCAGGUCCUGCUGGUACUAGUAGCUUGGUGGUUGUAAAAAAAAAUUGUACAUUCCUGUUUGAAUGUUAGAAUUAUGGUUGAUUUAAAAAAAGAAACAUUAUAAAAAUAUAUGUUGGUGAAGUGAAAUGAAAAAUAACUUGUUUCAAAAAAUUCUAAAAAAAAAAUAACGGAAAAGUGGUGCGUGCAUAUGUAUUCACCCCCUUUGCUAUGAAACACCUAAAUAAGAUCUGGUGCAACCAAUUACCUUCAUAAAUCACGUAGUUAGUUAAAUAAAGGCCAUCUGUGUGCAAUCUAAGUGUCACAUGAUCUCAGUGUAUAUAUACACCUGUUCUGAAAGGCCCCACGAGUCUGCAACACCACUAAGCAAGGGGUACCACCAAGCAAGCGGCACCAUGAAGACCAAGGAGCUCUCCAAACAGGUCAGGGACAAAGUUGUGGAGAACUACAGAUCGGGGUUGAACAUCCCACGGAGCACCAUUAAAUCCAUUAUUAAAAAAUUGAAAGAAUAUGGCACCACAACAAACCUGCCAAGAGAGGGCCACCCACCAAAACUCACGGACCAGGCAAGGAGGGCAUUAAUCAGAGAGGCAACAAAGAGACCAAAGAUAACCCUGAAGGAGCUGCAAAGCUCCACAGCGGAGAUUGGAGUAUCUGUCCAUAGGACCACUUUAAGCCGUACACUCCACAGAACUGGGCUUUACGGAAGAGUGGCCAGAAAAAAGCCAUUGCUUAAAGAAAAGAAUAGGCAAACACGUUUGGUGUUCGCUAAAAGGCAUGUGGGAGACUCCCCAAACAUAUGGAAGAAGGUACUCUGGUCAGAUGAGACUAAAAUUGAGCUUUUUGGCCAUCAAGGAAAACGCUAUGUCUGGCGCAAACCCAACACCUCUUAUCACCCCGAGAACACCAUCCCCACAGUGAAGCAUGGAGCAUGGUGGUGGCAGCAUGCUGUGGGGAUGUUUUUCAUCGGCAGUGACUGGGAAACUGGUCAGAAUUGAAGGAAUGAUGGAUGGCACUAAAUACAUGGAAAUUCUUGAGGGAAACCUGUUUCAGUCUUCCAGAGAUUUGAGACUGGGACGGAGGUUCACCUUUCAGCAGGACAAUGACCCUAAGCAUACUGCUAAAGCAUACUGCUAAAGAAACAUUUAAAUGUCUUGGAAUGGCCUAGUCAAAUCCCAGACCUCAAUCCAAUUGAGAAUCUGUGGUAUGACUGUACACCAGCGGAACCCAUCCAACUUGAAGGAGCUGGAGCAGUUUUGCCUUGAAGAAUGGGCAAGAAUCUCAGUGGCUUGAUGUGCCAAGCUUAUAGAGACACCCCAAGAGACUUGCAACUGUAAUUGCUGCAAAAGGUGGCUCUACAAAGUAUUGACUUUGGGGGGGGUGAAUAGUUAUGCACGCUCAAGUUUUCCGUUUUUUUGUUUGUUUCACAAUAACAAAUAUUUUGCAUCUUCAAAGUGGUAGGCAUGUUGUUGAAAUCAAAUCAUACAAACCCCCCAAAAAUCAAUUUUAAUUCCAGGUUGUAAAGCAACAAAAUAGGAAAAAUGCCAAGGGGGGUGAAUACUUAAGCAAGCCACUGUAUGUAUGUAUGUAUGUGUGUGUGUGUGUGUGUGUGUGUGUGUGUGUGUGUGUGUAUAUAUAUAUAUAUAUAUAUAUAUAUAUAUAUAUAUAUAUACACACACAGUACCAGUCAAAGGUUUGGACACACCUACUCAUUCCAGGGUUUUUCUUUAUUUUUACUAUUUUCUACAUUGUAGAAUAAUAGUGAAGACAUCAAAACUAUGAAAACCACAUGGAGUCAUGUAGUAACCAAACAAGUGUUAAACAAAUCAAAAUAUAUUUUAUAUUUGAGAUUCUUCAAAGUAGCCACCCUUUGCCUUGAUGGCAGCUCUGCACACUCUUGGCAGUCUCUCAACCAGCUUCAUGAGGAAUGCUUUUCCAACAGUCUUGAAGGAGUUUCCACAUAUGCUGAGCACUUGUUGGCUGCUUUUCCUUCACUCUGCGGUCCAACUCAUCCCAAACCAUCUCAAUUGGGUUGAGGUCGGGUGAUUGUGGAGGCCAGGUCAUCUGAUGCAGGACUCCAUCACUCUCCUUGGUCAAAUAGCCCUUACACAGCCUGGAUGUGUUUUUUGGGUCGUUGUCCUGUUGAAAAACAAAUGAUAGUCACACUAAGCGCAAACCAGAUGGGAUGGUGUAUCGCUGCAGAAUGCUGUGAUAGUCAUGCUGGUUAAGUGUGCCUUGAAUUCUAAAUAAAUCACCAACAGUGUCACCAUCAAACCUCCAUGCUUCACGGUAGGAACCACACAUGCGGAGAUCAUUCGUUCAUCUCCUCUGCGUCUCACAAAGACACAGCGGUUGGAACCAAAAAUCUCAAAUAUGGACUCAUCAGACCAAAGGACAGAUUUCCACCGGUCUAAUGUCCAUUGCUCGUGUUUCUUGGCCCAAGCAAGUCUCUUCUUCUUAUUGGUGUCCUUUAGUAGUGGUUUCUUUGCAGAAAUUUCACACAGUCUCUUAUGAUCAGUUGAUGUUGAGAUGUGUCUAUUACUUGAACUCUGUGAAGCAUUUAUUUGGGCUCCAAUCUGAGGUGCAGUUAACUCUAAUGAACUUAUCCUCUGCAGCAGAGGUAACUCUGGGUCUUCCUUUCCUGUGGCGGUCCUCAUGAGAGCCAGUUUAAUCGUAGCGCUUGAUGGUUUUUGCAACUGCACUUGAAGAAACUUUAAAAGUUCUUAAAGUUUUCUGGAUUGACUGACCUUCAUGUCUUAAAGUAAUGAUGGACUGUCGUUUCUCUUUGCUUAUUUGAGCUGUUCUUGCCAUAAUAGGGCUAUCUUCUGUAUAACCCCCCCCCCCCCCCCCCCCCCCCCCCAUGAAGAGUGUGCACAAAGGGUGGCUACUUUGAAGAAUCUCAAAUCUUACUACAUGAUUCCAUGUGUGUUAUUUCAUAAUUUUGAUGUCUUCACUAUUAUUCUACAAUGUAGAAAAUAGUAAAAAUAAAGAAAAACCCUGGAAUGAGCAGGUGUGUCCAAACUUUUGACUGGUGCUGUAUAUAUUAAUAGCAAGGGUGAUUUAAAUCCUAACAAUGUGUUGAAUCCACUGGUUGUCUCCCCCCCCAGGAGCAUGGCAUCCCCACCAACAUGGGCUACGCGGUGGCUCCCCACCACUCUGGGGUGUACCCCGUCCACGUCCAGCUGUACGACGCCUGGAAGAAGGUGUGGGGCAUCAAGGUGACCAGCACGGAGGAGUACCCCCACCUCAAACCUGCCCGCUUCAGACGAGGCUUCUACCACAGUGGCAUCAGUGUAAGGAAUCACCCUGAUCACCCCCUAUCCUCACACACACACACACUAGGUUCUACUGUACGUAUAAAUGAGCAAUUCUUGAAACUAAAUCUUAGUUGAUAUUUUCAGUCCUGGUUUUGUGCUCAAUAAUUUAAGUAGAAGUAUUCAAUUAGGCUGUUUGAUGUAUUUACUCUGGUUAGAGUGUAAACAUAUACGUUUUUAACACCUUUGGCUUCUGGGAAGUGCUUGGUGUUACAAUCCUUGUGUGUGCCUUUGAAUGGACAAAUCUUUUGUUUUUUGGUGUGCUUUUAACAUGUUAGUUUAGCUCUUGGGAACAACGCGCUGAGUAGAGUGAAGGAAAUCAUCAGUAGUGCUGAAGUAGCCGUGCUGCCGUGCCCUGAUGGUGUGGUCUUUUCACUGCCCCUCUCAGCCAGUGUCUCUCGCUCUCUAUCCUCCCCCCCCACCCUCCAGGGAAUAAAGCAAGCUGACAGACCGAUGGAGUAGUGUGAAUGAUCAUUAUGGAAAUUGCUAUGUUUAGCACUCUAAACAAGACAAUCUCACCGCCGAUGACAACCCUGGCAAAAUCGACAAAGACAACUGCUGGCUUGUGAUGUGAGGAGGAGAACAUUCACAUUUUGAGACGAAUGUUAAUCAGUCUGUCAAUGCUGAUUUAUGUACAGUAUCUUUCCAAAGUGUAAUUUUAAGUCUGUUUGCUUGGCCUGGACAUAAACAACAGCUUGCCUGGACGUAAACAACAGCUUGCCUCUGUAAGAAAUGUAUGCUAAAAUGUCUCGUACGUUUUAGAGCUUAAAGACAUUUAUAUUUCAUUCAUGUACAAACUAUGUUGUGAUUUUGCCCCAUAAUCCUAGUAGAAUGCUCCUUUUCUAGACCCAACAGUUUUCAGUUAUUUAUUUAUUUUCUGGUGGAGGAGUGUGAUAUUGUCACUGAGAUGUUAAUUCCGAUCUCAACACGUCCCUGUGAAAUAUUCACUGGGAACAGAGACUCUCUUGGGGGUUUUUCUCUCUUCUUCCACUCCCUCUUUUCCCCUUAAUCAGCAGUCUGUGACGCCCGUUAGCCAUGACCCGCUCGGGGGUUUAAAAAGCGGAGAGAGAAAAGCCUGGGAGCUUCAGUCAGUAUCCAGCCUUCCCUUACCUUCUCUUCCUAAGCAUCUCAGUACUUAGCUGGUAUUUCUACCCCCAGCCCUAGCUAGCUAACAUCACAGCCUGAUGGAUACACCGUGUAGCUAGCUAACAUCACAGCCUGAUAUACAGUAAAGUAAAGUAUUAUAAAGAGAUUACAGCCUCGGGUCUUCUUGGGUAUGACGCUACAAGCUUGGCACACCUGUAUUUGGGGAGUUUCUCCCAUUCUUCUCUGCAGAUACUCUCAAGCUCUGUCAGGUUGGAUGGGGAGCGUCGCUGCACAGCUAUUUUCAGGUCUCUCCAGAGAUGUUCGAUCGGGUUCAAGUCCGGGCUCUGGCUGGGCCACUCAAGGACAUUCAGAGACUUGUCCCGAAGCCACUCCUGCGUUGUCUUGGCUGUGUACUUAGGGUCGUUGUCCUGUUGGAAGGUAAACCUUCGCCCCAGUGUGAGGUCCUGAGCGCUCUGGAGCAGGUUUUCAUCAAUGAUCUCUCUGUACUUUGCUCCGUUCAUCUUUCCCUCGAUCCUGACUAGUCUCCCAGUCCCUGCCGCUGAAAAACAUCCCCGCAACAUGAUGCUGCCACCACCAUGCUUCACCGUAGGGAUGGUGCCAGUUUUUCUCCAGAUGUGACGCUUGGCAUUCAGGCCAAAGAGUUCAAUCUUGGUUUCAUCAGACCAGAGAAUCUUGUUUCUCAUGGUCUGAGAGUCUUUUAGGUGCCUUUUGGCAAACUCGAAGCGGGCUGUCAUGUGCCUUUUACUCAGGAGUGAUGUCCUUCUGGCCACUCUACCAUAAAGGACUGAUUGGUGGAGUGCUGCAGAGAUGGUUGUCCUUCUGGAAGGUUCUCCCAUCUCAUUUUUAACAUUUUAGAUUUUAGUCAUUUAGCAGACACUCUUAUCCAGAGCGACUUACAAUAGCAAUUAGGGUUAAGUGCCUUGCUUAAGGGCACAUCGACAGAUUUUUUACCUAGUCGGCUCAGAGGGGAGGUGACCAAGAACCCGAUGGUCACUCUGACAGAGCUCCAGACUUCCUCUGUGGAGGGGGCGGCUCGGGGAUUAGAACCAGCAACCUUUCGGUUACUGGCACAACGCUCUUACCCACUAAGCUACCUGCCGCCCCCUCCACAGAGGAAGUCUGGAGCUCUGUCAGAGUGACCAUCGGGUUCUUGGUCACCUCCCUGCCAAGGCCCUUCUCCCCCGAUUUCUCAGUUUGGGCGAGCGGCCGGCCAGCUUUAGGAAGAGUCUUGGUGGUUCCAAACUUCUUCCAUUUAAGAAUGAUGGAGGCCACUGUCUUCUUGGGGACCUUCAAUGAUGCAGAAAUGUUUUUGUACCAUUCCCCAGAUCUCAACACAAUCCUUUCUUGGAGCUCUACAGACAAUUCCUUCAACCUCAUGUCUUGGUUUUUGCUCUGACAUGCACUGUCAACUGUGGGACCUUAUAUUGAUAGGUGUGUGCCUUUCCAAAUCAUGUCCAAUCAAUUUAAUUUACCACAGGUGGACUGCAAGUUUUAGAAACAUCUCAAGGAUGAAUUUCGAGUCUCAAAGCAAAGGGUCUGAAUACUUAUGUAAAUAAGGUAUUUCUGGUUGUUAUUUUUAAUAAGUUUGCAAACAUUUCUACAAACCUGUUUUUGCUUUGUCAUUAUGGGGUAUUCUGUGUAAAUUGAUGUGGAAAAACAUUUAUUUAAUCCAUUUUAGAGUAAGGCUGUAACAUAACAAAAUGUGGAAAAAGUCAAGGGGUCUGAAUAUUUUCCAAAGGCACUGUAAGCUAAACAGACAGUGUGAUGUUUUCCAGGUCGUUCUGCUCCUGUGAUUGUGUGUUGUUGUAUUGUGUUUCAACUAUGUUAGGACAGAGGCUUUAUGUUUGGCUCGAGCAAUGGGUUCGCUGACAGACUAAAGAGAGUUGUGUCACAUUUUAUUCUCCACAGUGUGAUCUCUAGUUUACGGGGAUAAUUAUAUUUAAUCGCCUGAGCUGUCAGUGAAGUGGAAACAGCGCAUCGGAAUAAAGAGUGUUCAUCAUAGAGUGUCACCGAGCAUUUAUGACCGAGUGACCGUGUUUGGACGUUUGUGUAUUUGAUGAGUUGUUUACUGGGAAUGAGCAGGGUGUGGUUAUAUUAGUACACUCCCCACUGUGCAGAUGUGUUGAUAUGUAAUAUGAAGUGUGUUAUGUACUGUAGGUGCUGCCCAGGCAGACGUGUGGCCUGUUUACUCACACCAUCUUCUACAACGAGUAUCCUGGAGGACCCAAGGAGCUGGACAAACUCAUUAACGGAGGGGAGCUCUUCCUCACGGUGCUCCUCAACCCGGUGAGACCUGACACAUCUCCAGGACUAGCAUCAGGAGAGGAAUGCUAUAUGGUUGCUUUAACCCUUUUUUCCCCCCCUGAAAUUAAUUUUUUGCAACAGUUGUUGGAAGUGACAUUUCAGACAGUGCAUUGCAUUGUGUUUUUUCUCUGAACAUUUUUCUGUGUUCAUUCCUUUCUCACAGAUCAGCAUCUUCAUGACCCACCUGUCCAACUACGGGAACGACCGUCUGGGUCUGUACACCUUUAAGAACCUGGUGAAGUUCCUCCAGAGGUGGACCAACCUGCGGCUGCAGACCCUGGCGCCUGUGCAGCUGGCUCAGCGCUACUUCCAGAUCUUCCCCGAGGAGAGGGACCCCAUCUGGCAGGUGCAUGCGUGUGUUUGUGUGUGUGUGAGAGGCCAUGGGAGCUGUGGGUCACUGGGUGUGUGGAACUCUGGGACUAUCAUAAACCAUUGGGUGUGUGGAACUCUGGGACUAUCAUAAACCAUUGGGUGUGUGGAACUCGGGGACUAAUAUAACUGUGGUCCUCUGUAGCUCAAUUGGUAGAGCAUGGCGCUUGUAACGCCAGGAUAGGGGGUUCGAUCCCCGGGACUACCCAUACGUAAAAAUGUAUGCACACAAGACUGUAAGUCGCUUUGGAUAAAAGCGUCUGCUGAAUGGCAUAUUAUUAUUAUUAUUAUUAGAAACCAUUGGGUGUGUGGAACUCGGGGACUAUCAUAAACCAGGCUGUCAUUUUAGAGAAGGUAGACGGGAGCUAGAGACUUUGCAUUUUGACUCCAUUUCUUCCUACAGUGCAAGUCCUUUUGAUUCAGACUCCAUUGCUUCCUACAGUGCAAGUCCUUUUGACUCAGACUCCAUUGCUUCCUACAGUGCAAGUCUUAUUUGGGUAAAAGCUAUGAGAGGCUGGCUCUUUGAACUGUGGUUUUGUGGUGCUUCUGCUGCCACUCUAACACUGUUUCCCAUCAACACAGAAAGAAGACCGGUUUCUUUCCCUAAGACGUCCAACUGCCAUCUUGGCAGUUCCUCACACUGUCAAUAUUGAGUUGUCACAGAGUGUAGAAGUUAAUAUGGAGUUGUCACAGAGUGUAGAAGUUAAUAUGGAGUUGUCACAGAGUGGAUAAGUUAAUGUGUGCCAGCCGGCUCCCUUUGAUGAUCAGAGUAAACUGGUGCCUGCCUGGUCCAGAGGUCUCAUCAUCACAGCACUGUGUUAUAUGUAUUGGGAUUAGUAUGAUCGCUUGGUCGCCUCAUUACCCAUGAGGCAGAUGGCAGUGGGGAGGGAAGGAGACAGAUUGAUUUAGGGCAGUUGGCAGAUGCUGGACUUGCAGGGCUGCUCUGAACACUCUUCCACAUGGUGACACUGAAGGCUUUUACCACUCAGGAAGAGCAAUGGGCAGCCUGCCUGAUGCUGAUUACGGGUUCUUUCCUUAGUCCCUUCUUGUACAAGCAUAACUGAGCAAGGGGUGAAUUAGAAACCAAAUGUUUGAGUCUGCUCCCCCAAAGCUCUGUUAGACUAGACUGGUUGGGUUAAUUUGAGCUGAAUUAAAAGCACCCCUCCCCUUGGCACAUUGUUGGUCCCACAGGGUGGAUACGGUUGCCUGUAACCGUUGUGCCACAUGUUAGUACACUGGCCUCACUGCCCCCACAGGCCUCACUGCCCCCCACAGGCCUCACUGCUUUACCACAGUAACAAGUCCCCUGGCCAAGUCAGUGGUAGACUUUAAUUACAAACAGACUGCCGCUAGAUAUGAUACUGAAGUGUGUUGUGUGGAAGGGAGAGAAUAAUGCUAUAUAUUCUGAACUGGUGGGGCAAGUCGUACCUAUGGCAGCUCAUCCUGAGGCAUACGUUCCUUCCAUGUUUACUGAACGGAACUUCCAGGUGAACUAAUUCUGCCCACCAUGUCCCUACAGGACCCCUGUGAGGACAAAAGGCACAAAGACAUCUGGUCCAAAGAGAAGACAUGCGACCGAUUCCCUAAGCUACUCAUCAUUGGACCACAGAAGACAGGUGAGCCGUAAACAAAUAUCAUAUUGUACAAAAAAACUAACAUUUCAUAAACAAGAUUACCUCAGUUCAGUGAUGCAACUACACUCACAGCAAUGGCAAGUUUGAACCUAGCGACAGAGACAUGACCUGAGCUCAUCCCAGGUGCUAGGGCAGUGGUAUUCAAAGUUGGAGGAACUGCAGUGGGGUCGGCAAAAUUCAAAAUAAAACAAAUGUAACGUGGGGGGGGGGGGAUAAAAAUUAAGUGUAUUCAAACUGUAUAUUGUAUGUGAAAAUAUACAGUACAAAUGUUUUUGAGAAGGCUAAUUUGAAAAAUAAAAUGUUAUUGAGUAAAUGUAUUUCUUUGUUUCUUUUCAUUUUGAUAAGAGAUGAAAAUGUAUUAAAUUUAAGGUUUAAUACAUUUAAGGUGUUGAUGUAAAAAUGUACCAAUUUUAAGAUUGUGUCAUAUUUUGGGUGUGGUCGUGAGAAAUUCUUGUGAAAAAAUUGGGUGUCUAGAAAUUCUGCCGAAAAAAAAGGGUGUCCCCCCCUACUGAAAAAUGUUGAACACCACUGUGCUAGGGGGUUAUAGAUACUGUAUGUCUGUGUCCCAAAUGGUACCCUAUUCCCUUUAUAGUGUACUACUUUUCCUAAAUAGGGAAUAGUGUCCCAUUUGGGACGCAACCUAUGCCCCAGUUAAGGCGUCAGCAUGCUUCGGUUCGGCAAGCGCCUAGCCUACUCCCUUAGAAGACCUACGCUUAAAAAAAACGAGAAAAAAAGUGUCAAUAGUACUUUUUGUCCAUCUAGAGAUGCCUUAGCCAGUAUACACUUCCUCCAAAUAGUCAGAAUUAAUCUGUCAUAAAUUGACGUUUUUUGCAGAGUCGCGCAAUUCUAUAUCUAACUAAGAUGUUUGGUGCCGUGUUUCUCAAGUGAAAAAAACGUGCAUGAAAAUGAGCCGUCUCUUGUUGAAUGACAACAAACACUUCAUUGAAGAAUCCCUACUGUUGACCAAUCACAGACAAAGGGGCGUAGACUUCGGCUACCAACUUUGGCUUGCCUCGAGAAUAAAUGUUGUGUGCACGAACAGCUGGGGAAAAAAACCUUGCCAAAAUCUAAAUGAACGAAAACGUCACAAAAUGUUGUUAUAAUAUAUGCACAAACUGUUCCGAACUGCCCCGGCUCUCUCGGACACGGACACCAGGGUGUGGCUCACAGUACUAGAUCCACUGCACCAGGAGGAGAAGUUAUUCUCUGCCUGGCAUGGAGCAGCCUUGAACCUCUGUUUAUUGACAGCCUGGAGAGAAGGGAUGGGUUAUUGGCAGCUGAGCAGCCAUUUACAGAGUGUCACACACUUUAUUUCAUUUAUAGGUUCACCGUAGGCAGGCAGGCAGGCAGUCACUGGGUUUUAUUGUAACCUUGACUGCUCCCAAGUAAAUGGGAAUUCCAGGUUUACUGCGUAGCCUAAUUAAACUUCUUGAAUAGGUCUUAAGGGAGUGAUAGCCCUCCUUCUGAGAGUGCUGUAAAAUGGCCCUGUUAAUCGUUUCAAUAAAAAUGGAUUAGGGGGUUGGGGCUGAGAGUAAAUUUACACACUUCCACAUUUUAAUGACCUAAUUGCACCAACAUUCACUAUAGUCACGUCAGCCAUCUUGUCUGUCAACUAGUGACAGACAAGAUUUUGGAGGGUCAUGGAGGCCGAUGGCCAAUAGUUUAGGCUGAUAUUCAAUAUCAUAAAAUUUGACAUUUUUUAUGACAAAUUUCCCAAUUUUUGUAUCAAUUUUAAAAUGAAACAAUGCAUUGACUUUUGUUUUUAUCAAUCUAACUACGUAACACAUUGGUGGUAAUGUUAUUUGAAUGGUAAAUCUCUUGAUAAACUAAGUCAAUUAAGAUGGCAUAGCCUACUCACAAUACAGGUGAAUGCAUAUUCAAUAGGAGUGUGUGUAUAUAUUGAGUUGAGCUUGUUUUGGCUGAUCAGUGGAGUCUAUGGUGCAACAGAUGACAAAUAUCUGAUUGCCUUCAAUUUGGGACUUACACUACAUGGCCAAAAGUAUAUGCUCGUCGAACAUCACAUUCCAAAAUCAUGGGCAUUAAUAUGGAGUUGGUCCCCCAUUUGCUGCUAUAACAGCCUCCACUCUUCUGGGAAGACUUUCCACUAGAUGUUGGAACAUUGCUGCGGGGACUUGCUUCCAUUCAGCCACAAGCAUUAGUGAGGUCUGGCACGGAUGUUGUGCGAUUAGGCCUGGCUCGCAGCCAGCGUUCAAAUUCAUCCCAAAGGUGUUCGAUGGGAUUGAGGUCAGGGCUCUGUACAGGCCAGUCAAGUUAAAAAGAUUUCAGAUAGACAUUUCUUGAUAUAAAACUUUUAAGUUGCAUGUAUUUGAAAAUAUUGGUCAGUCCAAAAUUGCUUUAUAAUUCUGUCACGGAAAUAAAUGUAUUUCCUGUUACCAAGUAAUUUACAGUUUCUAUGCCUUUAGUUUUCCAUGUGGACCAAUGUAUCUGUGAAUUCUGAAAAGCUAUCCAAGGAUUGUUCCAUAGGGUUGUGUUUUUAGGGAGUGAUAUUGGUUCUUGUAGAAUCCGUUUCAUUUACUUCCAUGUAGUUAUAGUGUUCUCAACUAUGAAGUUAAUGUUCUUAGCUUCAUCUUUAGACAUGUGAAAAGAUUCUGGGGAUGAGAAUUUGCAUCUGUACCAAUUGUUCUGCUUUAGUGCAUUUAACUACACUGAGUGGACAAAACAUUAGGACAUAGACUGACCAGGUGAAUCCAGGUGAAAGCUAUGAUCCCUUAUUGAUGUCACUUGUUAAAUCUACUUCAAUCAGUGUAGAUGAAGGGGAGGAGACAGGUUAGAGAAGGAUUUUAAAGCCUUGAAACAAUUGAGACAUGGAUUGUGUGUGUGUGCCAUUCAGAGGGUGAAUGGGCAAGACAAAAGAUUGAAGUGCCUUUCAACGGGGUAUGGGUAGUAGGGGCUAGGCGCACCGGUUGGGUCAUGAACUGCAACGUUGCAGAGUUUUUCAAGCUCAACCGUUUCUUGUGUGUAGCAAGAAUGGUCCACCACCCAAAGGACAUUCAGCCAACUUGACACAACUGUGGGAAGCAUUGGAGUCAACAUGGGCCAGCAUCCCUGUGGAAUGCUUUCAACACCUUGUAGCAUCCAUGCCCUGACAAAUUGAGUCUGUUCUGAGGGCAGAGGGAGUGACUCAAGGUGUUCUUAAUAUUUUGGUUACUCCGUGUAUGUCGCAAGUAAAAGCCCUGGUUGGCGAGUUGAAACAAUUCCUAGUCUGGAAGGUUAAAACCACCCUCUGGAAGAUUUGUAUUCUAUCAGUUUUAUUUGCCCAUAUAAAGUCUGUUAUGACCGAGUAUACUUUCUUAAAACAAUGUCUUCGGUGGGGUAGUUGGUAUUACUGAGAAAUAAAUAAGUAACAUUUGGAGCCAUGCCAUUUUGAAAAGGUUUAUUCUACUUGUAAGAUUUAUGGGAAAAUUGUUGUAUUUAAUUAGAUCUGCUUUCAUAUUGUUGAUAAUGGGAUUAUGUUAUCUUUAUAAACGUGUUAUUUGUUGUUACUUAUUAAGCAUCCUAAGUAUUUUAUAUUUGUUGUGGUCCACUUAAAGGAUUGCUGUAGAUCAUGAGUUAUUAUUUUUCCUAUUGCCAUUAUUUUGUUUUUUUCCAUGUUCAUUUUAUAUCCUGAAAAUAUUUUUAGCAAGGCGGGCAUUGCGUUUUCAAUAUUGAUCAGGUAUAUCAGGAGAUAAUUUGCAAAUAAGUUUAGUUUAUAUUCAUGUUUACCAAUAUUUAGGCAUUUUAAAACACGUCCUUUACGACAAUCAUCUAAUCCGACUAUCAACUGUCAAUUUACGGAAAUCAUCUAAUCCGACUAUCAACUGUCAAUUUACGGAAAUCAUCUAAUCCGACUAUCAACCUGUCAUUUACGAAAUAUUAUCGACUAUAACUGUCAAUUACUGGAAAUAUCUAAUCGGACUAUCAUGUCAAUUUACGAAUAUCUUACGCACCAUGUCAUUUACGGAAAUCAUCUAUCCGACUAUCACUGUCAAUUAAGGAAAUAUACCGACUAUCAACUGCAAUUACGGAAAUCAUCUAUCCUGACUAUCAUGUCAAUUUACGGAAGCUAUCUAAUCGACUAUAAUUGUCAAUUUACGGAACAUCAAUCCGACUAUCAACUGUAAUUAGGAAAUCAUCUAAUCGAUACAACUGUCAAGUUAGGAUAUGAUUGUGCUGGUCAAUGUUCAAAAUUAUGACUAGCUAACGUUAGCUAGCUACAUGGGCUAUUAGCUCUUAUCUGAUAUCUUAGCACCAUGUUUAUCUAGCCAGCUAGCUAGCAUAGUAGCUAAUAUAGCUAGCUAGCUAACACCAACAGAUGAAAGGGUUAGUUAUCCUUAUAUUUGCUAACGGGUCACAUAGCUAUCUGCAUAGCUAACUAGCUUAUUGCAUGCACGUCGACACAAGCCUUAUUAUUAGUGAAUUAAACUAAUAUUUACAACAGGAGUUAAAUGUUGGUCUCUGUGUCAAUUCAACCGUUUCUCAAUACUACACCUUUCUGUUGGAGAAUGAGCUGACUUUCUGCUUGCUGGGCAUUGUACUGGGCAUUGUGGCUCAGGCGGUGAGUGGGGGCUGGCAUAGCAGCAGUUUUGAUACGUGGACGGUGUAUCGGCAAAGCAGUUAGAGAAGGGCCGAUAGGCGAUAGACUAGAAAAGGCCAAUAUCGGCCCGAUAUAUCAGCUCGGCCGAUCAACGGUCGUUCUCGGUCAACUUUACAUCCACCACCCCUCUUUAACUGUCACUUCAUCUCUAACUUAGUUGAGUGUUUUGGUCUUUAUUGCUAUUUAAAGCUUUGGCACAUUUGAGAUCGGUAGUAAAUAGCUGUUCUAAUUACCCAGAAAUAUGCACGUUUAGCAUUUACAUCAAAUUGUAUAUUUAUAUUAAAUCUAUAUUUGCAUCACCUAAUAGUAGCUAUCUACAUUUUGAUAUUAGUAUGAGCAAUACUAAUGAAGACGUGUGUUCUCUGUGCAGGCACCACAGCCCUGUAUCUGUUCCUGGGGAUGCAUCCUGAUCUGACCAGUAACUACCCCAGCAAGGAGACCUUUGAGGAGAUCCAAUUCUUCAAUGGCCACAACUACCACAGAGGCAUCGACUGGUAUGUGAUUCCCCUUGUCCUACCCUAACAUAUUCAUCGCCACCAGUCAGUUGGGCACUAAUUCCUCUUCUCCAACACGUUUACAACAUUCCUGGUUGUAUUUUGGGGGCAGCAUGAAUGAAUGGAGACACAUUGCUCCUGUAAACCACCAUGCUUUUCAUAGUAUAUUAAACCAACUGAGUUGCCCAGUUUUAAAACAUAUUCCAGUUAGUAUUAUUGGCUUUAGGGGAACGUUUCAUCCUUCAAAGGGAGAGGCUUUAGUUCAACCCCCUCUGAGCUCAAUCAUUGAUUAACAGAAAGCAGACAAUUUGGAUUUAUGAAUCAGACAUGAAUGUGUGUGGUGGGCUCAGUUGUGGAAGAUCUUUCUUGUCUGCCAAGUCUGUGUCUGUCUCUUACUCCUGCUCAGCUAGUGACUGGUUUAUGCUGGUGCAAUCAUAUGUUUUAUCCAUUAAAUUGCAUAGUUAUUGAUGAAAAAUGAAAGUACUUUUGUGUUUAGGUAGGACUAGGCUGUUACGGUGACCGUAUUACCGCCACACCGGCGGUCACGAGUCAUGACAGCAGUCAAAUUCCACGUGACCGUUUAGUCACGGUAAUUAGGCUUCUCCAAGCUCUGAUGCUGCUGAUGGUCAUUAGUAGUCUACCAAACUUGCUAACUGCCUGGUACUCAGCACUCUAUUGUCCCUCUAAUCACUCUGACAUCAAUGCAAAUGUUAUCGAAAAUCUAAUCAAACACUUCAUGAGAGCCCAUAAACUCAUGCUGCGCAACAUUUCUAUAGGCUAUGCAAUUGUGUGAGAAAACAGAGUGAUGGCCUCUACUAAAAAGAGGAGGAUCCCAUCAGCUUACUAUAAGCUAGGCCUACUAUACAGUGCAUUGGGAAUGUAUUCAGACCCCUUGACUUUUUCCACAUUUUGUUACGUUACAGCCUUAUUCUAAAAUGGAUUAAAUAUGACAGCCCGCUUUGAGUUUGCCAAAAGGCACCUAAAGGACUCUCAGACCAUGAGAAACAAGAUUCUCUGGUCUGAUGAAACCAAGAUUGAACUCUUUGGCCUGAAUGCCAAGUGUCACAUCUGGAGGAAACCUGCCACCAUCCCUACGGUGAAGCAUGAUGGUGGCAGCAUCAUUCUAUGGGGAUGUCAUUCAGCGGCAGGGACUGGGAGACUAGUCAGGAUCUAGGGAAAAAUGAAUGGAGCAAAGUACAUAGAUCCUUGAUGAAAACCUGCUCCAUAGCGCUCAGGACCUCAGACUUGGAAGGUGAACCUUCGCCCCACAAGACAACAACCCUAAGCACACAGCCAAGAGAACGCAGGAGUGGCUUCGGGACAAGUCUCUCCCUGACAGUCUGUAAUACCUACAUGUUUCAAGCAGACCACCAUAGUCCCUGUGCCCAAGAAAGCGAAGGUAACCUGCCUAAAUGACUACCGCCCCGUAGCACUCACGUCGGUAGCCAUGAAGUGCUUUGAAACGCUGGUCAUGGCUCACAUCAACACCAUCAUCCCGGAAACCCUAGACCCACUCCAAUUCGCAUACCGCCCCAACAGAUCCACAGAUGACGCAAUCUCAAUCACACUCCACACUGCCCUUUCCCACUAGGACAAAAGGAACACCUAUGUGAGAAUGCUGUUAAUUUACUGCAGCUCAGCGUUCAACACCAUAGUGCCCACGAAGCUCAUCACUAAGCUAAGGACCCUGAGACUAAAGACCUCCCUCUGCAACUGGAUCCUGGACUUCCUGACGGGCAGCCCCCGGGUGGUAAGGGUAGGCAACAACACAUUUGCUACGCUGAUCCUCAACACCGGGGCCCCUCGGGUGCGUGCUUAGUCCCCUCCUGUACUCCCUGUUCACCCACGACUGCGUGUCCAAGCACUACUCCAACACCAUCAUUUAAGUUUGCUGACGACACAAUAGUGGUAGGCAACGAUGAGACAGCCUAUAGGGAGAAGGUCAGAGACCUGGCAGUGUGGUGCCAGGACAACAACUUCUCCCUCAAUGUGAGCAAGACAAAGGAGCUGAUUUGUGGACUACAGGAAAAGGAGGGCUGAACAGGCCCCAUUAACAUCAACGAGGCUGUAGUCGAGCGGGUCGAGAGUUUCAAGUUCCUUGGUGUCCACAUCACCAACAAACUAUCAUGGUCCAAACACACCAAGACAGUCGUGAAGAGGGCACGACAACACCUUUUCCCCCUCAGGAGACUGAAAAGAUUUGGCAUGGGUCACCAGAUCCUCAAAAAGUUCUACAGCUGCACCAUCGAGAGCAUCCUGACCGGUUGCAUCACAGCCUGGUAUGACAACUGCUUGGCAUCCGACCGUAAGGCGCUACAGAGGGUAGUGCGUACGGCCCAGUACAUCACUGGGGCCAAGCUUCCUGCCAUCCAGGACCUCUAUACCAGGCGGUGUCAGAGGAAGGACCAAAAAAUGGUCCGACUCCAGUCACCCAAGUCAUAAACUGUUCUGUCUGCUACCGCAUGACAAGCGGAACCGGAGCACCAAGUCUAGAUCCAAAAGGCUCCUUAACAGCUUCUACCCCCAAGCCAUAAGACUGCUGAACAAUUAAUAAAAUGGUCACCCAGGCUAUUUACAUAGCUGUUUAUUAUCUAUGCAUAGUCACUUUACCCCUGCCUACAUGUACAAAUUACCUCGACUAACCUGUACCCCCGCACAUUGACUCGGAACCGGUACCCCCUGUAUAUAGCCUUGUUAUUGUUAUUUUGUGUUACUUUUAUUUUAUUUUUUACUCUAGUUUAUUUAGUAAAUAUUUUCUUAACUCUAUUUCUUGAACUGCAUUGUUGGUGAAGGGUUUGUAACUAAGCAUUUAAGUAUUUGGCGCAUGUGACAAAUAAAAUUUGAUUUGAUUUGAAUGUCCUUGAGUGGCCCAGCCAGAGCCCGGACAAGAAACCAAUCGAACAUCUCUGGAGAGACCUGAAAAUAGCUGUGCAGCGAUGCUCCCCAUUCAAUCUGACAGAGCUUGAGGGGAUCUGCAGAGAAUAAUGGGAGAAACUCCCCAAAUACAGGUGUGCCAAGCUUGUAGCGUCAUACCCAAGAAGACUCGAGGCUGUAAUCGCUGCCAAAGGUGCUUCAACAAAGUACUGAGUAAAGGGUCUGAAUACUUAUGUAAAUGUGAUAUUUAAUUUUUAAUACAUUUGCAAAAAUGUCUAAACUUGUUUUUUACUUUGUCAUUAUGGGGUAUUGUGUGUAGAUUGAGGAAAAAAUACAAUUUUAUCCAUUUUAGAAUAAGGCUGUAACAUAAGAAAAUGUGGAAAAAUUCAAGUGGUCUGAAUACUUUCCGAAUGCACUGUAUUUCUUUCUCAACUUUCCUAAUAUUAAGCACAUUGCUUCUCUUUACAACAGGAGUAUAGCCUACCUGGCUGGCAUGAAAAUGAACCACGGGAAAAGCGUCCUCCAUUCGCUAUUUAAGUGCAUAGAUUACUUUUUUUUCUUCCGCUGCCCCUGUUUGGAGAUAAGUGCAUGAUAAUAGUCCAUUCUAAAUCGAAACAAAUUUCACACACGUAUUAUUUAGUAUACAAGAUUAAAUCAAGAGUGUGAUGGGUGACAAUAUUAGUCACUUGAUGAUGCCCAGCUUAAGGAAAGAAACAGCGCAUGCUUUUGCCCCCAGACUUUUUCAAAUCAUAGUCCCACACCUCAUGUAGCCUAGCCCAUAGGCCGAUAUGUUUUGAUAAGGUUUGUAUCACAACUAAAGUUACAUAAAUAACUCAAAAUUAAACAUAUAGGAUGACCUGUUUUCUUUGUUAACCGCUCAACACAGAAUAGCUGCAUGUGCGCACUCCCUCAAAUCGUUUGGCGAAAAUAGCCAUUCUAUUUUAUUCAGCUAUGUUCAAUUGUAUUCUUCAUACUAUAAAAUAAUGCCACAGAAUUCUAAGCAAAUCUUGUCUGCUAAAUUAACUAGUGUAGCCCACAGCCAUAUGGCAUAGCCAGAUCAGGACCUAACAUAAGGACAACUCAGAGUAUGCUAUUCUGUUCUUCUGAAAUAGACUACAUUUUCUUCAUAUCAUGUUUCUUUAGACCUGUCUGAAAUAAAUAAUGGAUUUAUUGUGAUGGUGUAGGCUAUAUUACAUGGAUUUAUUCGACUUUUUCAAAUGUACAGUACCAGUCAAAAGUUUGGACACACAUUUUUUACAUUUACAUUUUAGUCAUUUAGCAGACGCUCUUAUCCAGAGCGACUUACAGUUAGUGAGUGCAUACAUUCUUUUUAUUUAUUUUUAUACUGGCCCCCCGUGGGAAACGAACCCACAACCCUGGCGUUGCAAGCGCCAGGCUCUACCAACUGAGCUACACGGGACACACCUACUCAUUCCAGGGUUUUUCUUUAUUUUUACUAUUUUCUACAUUGUAGAAUAAGAGUGAAGACAUCAAAACUAUGAAAUAACACAUAUGGAAUCAUGUAGUAACCAAAAAAGUGUUAAACAAAUUGAGAUUUUUCAAAAAGCCACCCUUUGCCUUGAUGACAGCUUUGCACUCUUUUGGCAUUCUCUCAACCAACUUGACCUGGCAUGCUUUUCCAACAGUCUUGAAGGAGUUCCCACAUAUGCUGAGCACUUGUUGGCUGCUUUUCCUUCACUCUGCGGACCGACUCAUCCCAAACCAUCUCAAUUUGGUUGAGGUCAGGGGAUUGUGGAGGCCAGGUCAUCUGAUGCAGCACUCCAUCACUCUCCUUCUUGGUGAAGUAGCCCUUACACAGCCUGGAGGUGUGUUUUGGGUCAUUGUCCUGUUGAAAAACAAAUGAUAGUCCCACUAAGCCCAAACCAGAUGGGAUGGCGUAUCGCUGCAGAAUGCUGUGGUAGCCAUGCUGGUUAAGUGUGCCUUGAGUUCUAAAUAAAUCACAGACAGUGUCACCAGCAAAGCACCUCCACACCUCCUCCAUGCUUCAUGGUAGGAACCACACAUGCGAAGAUCAUCCGUUCAUCUCCUCUGCGUCUCACAAAGACACACCGGUUGGAACCAAAAAAUCUCAAAUUUGGACUCAUCAGACCAAAGGACAGAUUUCCACCGGUCUAAUGUCCAUUACUCGUGUUUCUUGGCCCAAGCAAGUCUCUUCUUCUUAUUGGUGUCCUUUAGUAGUGGUUUCUUUGCAGAAAUUCCACCAUGAAGGCCUUAUUCACAGUCUCCUCUGAACAGUUGAUGUUGAGAUGUGUCUGUUACUUGAACUCUGUGAAGCAUUUAUUUGGGCUGCAAGUUCUGAGGCUGGUAACUAAUGAACGUAUCCUCUGCAGCAGAGGUAACUCUGGAUCUUCCAUUCCUGUGGCAGUCCUCAUGAGAGCCAGUUUCAUCAUAGCGCUGGAUGGUUUUUGCAACGGCACUUGAAGACAUUUUCAAAGUUAUUGAAAUGUUCCGUAUUGACUGACCUUCAUGUCUUAAAGGAAUGAUGGACUGUUGUUUUUCUUUGCUUAUUUGAGCUGUUCUUGCCAUAAUAUGGACUUGGUCUUUUACCAAAUAGGGCUAUCUUCUGUAGGUGUGUUGGGUAGUAACCACAACUGAUUGGCUCAAACGCGUAAAGAAGGAAAGAAAUUCCCCAAAUUAACUUUUAAUAAGGCACACCUCUUAAUUGAAAUGCAUUUCAGGUGACUACCUCAUGAAGCUGAUUGAGAGAAUGCCAAGAGUGUGCAUAGCUGUCAAGGCAAAGGGUGGUUAUUUGAAGAAUCUCAAAUAUAAAAUAUAUUUUGAUUUGUUUAACACUUUUUUGGUUACUACAUGAUUGUAUUUUGUGUUAUUUCAUAGUUUUGAUGUCUUCACUAUUAUUCUACAAUGUAAAAAUAAAGAAAAACCCUGGAAUGAGUAGGUGUGUCCAAACUUUUAAAUGGUAGUGUAGAUGUUACAAAAGUCUGCAUCAGUGGUUUGUAGGCUAUGCAUCGAAGCCAGGAGAUGCUAAUUGUUUACGUUAAUUAACGGACAAUUACCAUGAGACCGGCAGUUAUUUCCUUGACAAUCACCGGCUGACAAAUUUUCAUGACCGCCACAGCCCUCGGUAGGACAUUGGUAUUUGUGAUGUAUUCAUAGACUUAGAUAGACAGCUCUCAUGCCCCAAAUACUUUUUUAACAUGGACAGCGCCAUUGGGGACUUUCACCCUUUUGAAGUAGUCAACUGUGUGGGACUUCCUAUGAGUUAAGGAAGGAUCACAUAAUUCCGUCCAGGUCAUCAGAAGAGAUCAGUCGAUUAAUUAUACUCCUGAGCAAACAUUCCAUUAACUGCAUGGGGCAGUAAAUCACUAACCUUGGCUUUUAGCUGUUAAGACAACACACUCCUGGUGGCAGUAUGUGCACCCUUUCAUAGAAGUAGUAGAUGAACUUGACCCCUACUACCAUACCCCGUUCAAAGGCACUUAAAUCUUUUGUCUUGCCCAUUCAUCCUCUGAAUGGCACACAUACGCAAUCCUUGUCUCAAUUGUCUCAAGGCUUAAAAAUCCUUCUUUAACCCAUCUCCUCCCCUUCAUCUACACUGAUUGAAGUGGAUUUAACAUGUGACAUCAAUAAGGGAUCGUAGCUUCCACCUGGAUUCACCUGGUCAGUCUGCGUCCUAAUGUUUUGUACACUCGGUGUAUGUAUCGGGUCCAGUGGCCUUGUUUAAACCCCUGUCUGUGUGUCUGUCUGUCUCUGUCUGUGUGUCAUGAUUGACAGGUACAUGGAGUACUUUCCCCUACCCUCCAACACAAGCUCAGACUUUUACUAUGAGAAGAGUGCCAACUACUUUGACUCAGAGGUGGCUGCACGGCGGGCAGCUGCCCUCCUGCCCAAGGCCAAAAUAAUCACCAUCCUCAUCAACCCUGCAGACAGGGCCUACUCAUGGUACCAGGUGAGCCUCCUUCCCUCCGAGUAAAACCUCUUCCCACUGUUCCAUUUCCAACACCAGACUAUAUUAUAGGGAUAGCAAUUGGGUGAAAUGCUGUGGGUGGCUUGAGGGUAGCAUCACUCCUUUUCCAGGUCAGAUGUACUGCUGAUUUCCCUUGAGCUUGGAAAUAAAGUAGCGAAUAACCUGGUGCAGAAGUAGGUGAUGUACCGGUUUGUACGAGUGAGAAAUUAGUUGGAAUGCCCUUUGCAAGGACACAGAGCUCUGGAUUAAACCAAGGUGGACUUAUUGUGAUGUCAUAUCUGUCUGCUCUGCCCCCAGCACCAACGUGCACAUGACGACUCAGUCGCCCUGAAGUAUACUUUCCAUGAUGUCAUCACUGCUGGCCGCGACGCCCCCAUCAAGCUGCGGGUGCUCCAGAACCGCUGUCUGGUGCCGGGCUUGUACGCCACCCAUCUGGACCGCUGGCUUAGCCACUACCACCUCAGCCAGGUCGGUUUGUCCAUCUGGGUCCCAUGUUCAUGCACAUGUGUGUUUGCAGAUUGUUCAUAAGCAUGUGGUUAAAUGUGAACAAACAUUGAUUUAUUCAGUCUGUGUCUAUAUGUACAUGGUUAUUAGUACAGUGGGUGUGUAUAAGUUGUUGUUGGUAUUUGAAUUUGAGACCACUCAGCUAGUCUAUCUGACAUACUGUGGUUUUGUAAAUGUGGUUCCUCAGAUCCUGGUUCUGGAUGGUCAAGUGCUGAGGACGGAGCCUGCUGCAGUGAUGGACAAGAUCCAGAAGUUCCUUGAGCUGACAAACACACUGAACUACCACAAGAUUCUAGCGUGAGUGUCUUAUUAGCCAUUGAAAACAUUAUAUACCCCUGGCUUUGCUAGAGCCAACAUCACUAUUGUAGAAAACUCAUGGCAAAUGAAGGUUUUUGUUUCGGCCUGGUAAAGUUGUCAGUUGGACUACUGUCAUCACCACUAUCGAUGGCAAGCAAAUCAAACUAUAUUUGCAUAUAGCCAUCUAGUUUAUCCCCUGAAAGUUAGCUUGUUAACUAGCCAUAUUGAUGUGAUCUGUUAUUAGCUAGCUAGCCAAUUUGAUGUGGUCCAUCAAUCAAUCAAUGUAGCCUAUCUUGUCUGUCAGCAGCAAUCAUGAUUGAAGUCUAGGCCUACAUUGGUUGGAGAAAAAAGCACGUUUGAUCUACUUACCACUAUACAGUUGAAGUCGGAAGUUUACAUACACCUUAGCCAAAUACAUUUAAACUCAGUUUUUCACAAUUCCUGACAUUUAAUCCUAGUAAAAAUUCCCUGUCUUAGGUCAGUUAGGAUCACCACUUUAUUUUAAGAAUGUGAAAUGUCAGAAUAAUAGUAGAGUGAUGUAUUUCAGCUUUUAUUUCUUUCAUCACAUUCCCAGUGGGUCAGAAGUUUACAUACACUCAAUUAGUAUUUGGUAGCAUUGCCUUUAAAUUGUUUAACUUGGGUCAAACGUUUUGGGUAGCCUUCCACAAGCUUCCCACAAUAAGUUGGGUGAAUUUUGGCCCAUUCCUCCUGACAGAGCUGGUGUAACUGAGUCAGGUUUGUAGGCCUCCUUGCUCGCACACGCUUUUUCAGUUCUGCCCAAAUAUUUUCUAUAGGAUUGAGGUCAGGGCUUUGUGAUGGCCACUCCAAUACCUUGACUUUGUUGUCCUGAAGCCAUUUUGCCACAACUUUGGAAGUAUUCUUGGGGUCAUUGUCCAUUUGGAAGACCCAUUUGCGACCAAGCUUUAACCUCCUGACUGAUGUCUUGAGAUGUUGCUUCAAUAUAUCCACAUAAUUGUCCUUCCUCAUGAUGCCAUCCAUUUUGUGAAGUGCACCAGUCCCUCCUGCAGCAAAGCAUCCCCCACAGCAUGAUGCUGCCACCCCUGUGCUUCACGGUUGGGAUGGUGUUCUUCGGCUUGCAAGUCACCCCCUUUUUCCUCCAAAAAUAACGAUGGUCAUUAUGGCCAAACAGUUCUAUUUUUGUUUCAUCAGAACAGAGGACAUUUCUCCAAAAAGUACGAUCUUUGUCCCCAUGUGCAGUUGCAAACCGUAGUCUGUUUUUUUAUGGCGGUUUUGGAGCAGUGGUUUCUUCCUUGUUGAGCGGCCUUUCAGGUUAUGUCGAUAUAGGACUCAUUUUACUGUGGAUUUAGAUACUUUUGUACCUGUUUCUUCCAGCAUCUUCACAAGGUCCUUUGCUGCUGUUCUGGGAUUGAUUUGCACUUUUCGCACCAAAGUACGUUAAUCUCUAGGAGACAGAACGCGUCUCCUUCCUGAGCGGUAUGACGGCUGCGUGGUCCCAAGGUGUUUAUACUUGCAUACUAUUGUUUGUACAGAUGAACGUGGUACCUUCAGGCGUUUGGAAAUUGCUCCCAAGGAUGAACCAGACUUGUGGAGGUCAACAAUUUAUUUUCUGAGGUCUUGGCUGAUUUCUUUUGAUUUUCCUAUGAUGUCAAGCAAAGAGGCACUGAGUUUGAAGGUAGGCCAUGAAUACAUCCACAGGUACACCUCCAAUUGACUCAAAUGAUGUCAAUUAGCCUAUCAGAAGCUUCUAAAGCCAUGACAUCAUUUUCUGGAAUUCUCCAAGCUCUUUAAAAGCACGGUCAACUUAGUGUAUGUAAACUUCUGACCCACUGGAAUUGGGAUACAGUGAAAUAUAAGUGAAAUAAUCUGUCUGUAAACAAUUGUUGGAAAAAUUACUUGUGUCAUGCACAAAGUAGAUGUCCUAACUGACUUGCCAAAACUAUAGUUUGUUAACAAGAAAUUUGUGGAGUGGUUGAAAAACUAGUUUUAAUGACUCCAAGUGUUUGUAAACUUCCGACUUCAACUGUAUGUUUAGCCAACUGUACAAAGUUUCUACCGGUAGCUUGCAAAGUAAAUAUUAUCAGCUAACAGUAUAUUGGCAAAUGCCCCCGUUCUACAGCUUGAGCCCACAAAGGAUGGGAAAUUAAGCUAAACCACUAAACCCCAUACUUGUCAGGUAUAGUUCACUUUUAUUCUAUAUCACUCAAAUAUCCAAUUAAUGGUGGCCAAUACUGAGAGAUUUCAAGGCUACCCUCACAAAUCUGAAAUUACAUAAAUGAUUUAUUUAUUUUUACUGAUCAUGAAAAGCAUGCAGUUCCUUGCUGUAUAACUCUGAUAAUGUGUGCAAUUGUUUGGCGUUGAAUAAUCAGAAAUUAGUAGUUCUGACUAUGGUCUUCAAGAGGUGAUGAUAUAACCAAAUAAUUAAUAUUCAUUUAACAAUCCCGGCACGCCGUUAUUAAUGGUUUUAGUGGAGCUGGGGAUCUCCUUGUCCCCCAACAGGCAAAUUGAACGCUCUGCACCUUAUUGUGACGUUUGAUUGAUAAUGACCUAGUGGUCUAUUAACUAUAAUGAACAAAAAUGUAAAGUGUUGGUCCCAUGUUUCAUGAGCUGAAAUAAAAGAUCCCUGAAAUUUUCCAUACACACAAAAAGCGUAUUUCUCUAAAAUGUUGUGCACAAAUUUGGUUACAUCCCUGUUAAUAAGCAUUUCUCCUUUGCCAAGAUAAUCCAUCCACCUGACAGGUGUGACAUAUCAAGGAGCUGAUUAAACAGCAUGAUCAUUACACAGGUGCACCUUGUGCUGGGGACAAUAAAAGGCCACUCUAAAAUGUGCACUUUUGUCACACAGCACAAUGCCACAGAUGUCUCAAGUUUUGAGGGAGUGUGCAAUUGGCAUGCUGACUGCAGGAAUGUCCACCAGAGCUGUUGCCAGAGAAUUGAAUGGUAAUUUCUCUACCAUAAACUGCCUCCAAUGUCGUUUUAGAGAAUUUGGCAGUACUUCCAACUGGCCUCACAACCGCAGACCACGUGUAACCACGCCAGCCCAGGACCUCCACAUCCGGCUACUUCACCUGUGGGAUCGUCUGAGACCAGACAGCUGAUGAAACUGUGGGUUUGCGCAAACUGUCAGAAACCGUCUCAGGGAAGCUCAUCUGCGUGCUCGCCAGGGUCUUGACCUGACUGCAGUUCGACGUCGUAACCGACUUUAGUGGGCAAAUGCUCACCUUCGAUGGCCACUGGCACGCUGGAGAUGUGUGCUCUUCACAGAUGAAUCCUGGUUUCAACAGUACCGGGCAGACAGCGUGUAUGAUGUUGUGUGGGCGAACGGUUUGCUGAUGUCAACGUUGUGAACAGAGUGCCCCAUGUUGGUGGGGUUAUGGUAUGGGCAGGUAUAAGCUAUGGACAACGAACACAAUUGCAUUUUAUUUAUACAAUUUGAAUGCACAGAGAUACUGUGACGAGAUCCUGAGGCCCAUUGUCUUGCCAUUCAUCCGCCGCCAUCACCUCAUGUUUCAGCAUGACAAUGCACGGCCCCAUGUUGCAAGGAUCUGUACACAAUUCCUGGAAGUUGAAAAUGUCCCAGUUCUUCCAUGGUCCUGCAUACUCACCAGACAUGUCACCCAUUGAGCAUGUUUGGGCUGCUCUGGAUAGUCGUGUACGACUGCGUGUUCCAGUUCCCGCCAAUAUCCAGCAACUUCGCACUGCCAUUGAAGCGGAAUGGGACAUUCCACAGGCCACAAUCAACAGCCUGAUCAACUCUAUGUGAAGGAGCUGUCGUGCUGCAUGAGGCAAAUGGUGGUCACACCAGAUACUGACUGGUCUUCUGAUCCACGCCCCUAAAAUCUUUUUAAGGUAUCUGUGACCAACAGAUGCAUAUCUGUAUUCCCAGUCAUGUGAAAUCCUUAGAUUAGGGUCCAAUGAAUUUAUUUCAAUUGACUGAUUUCCUUUUAUAUGAACUGUAACUCAGUAAAAUCUUUGAAAUGGUUGCAUUUAAAUUUUUUGUUCAAUGUAAUUUACUGCAUACCGCAUGGCCAAAACUCCAUCCCACCAAAACAGGCUGAAAUUUCUGGUCGUUUUUUUUCAACCAGCUCUUACACUAAAAGGUCAUUAUCGUCAUUUUCCAACCUCUGUGUGGAAGUGUAUAUAUAAACACAGGAAAAUCAAGUUUUUGACUGCACUGGGCCUUUAAAGCAGGGAUGGGCAACUUUGAUGGGGGCCACAAAAAACUCUGAACUCAUGAGGGGCUGCGGUUGCUCGUGGGUCUGUGUACCCACAUCCAUCUCCCGCCACAUUGUGAGCAAAAACAAAUGAGUGGCCCCUCUUGACAACGGAGAGUAUGUUUUUGCCAUGGGGUGUAGAGAAAAUGUUGCAAUUUUAGAACUCAUUUAAUGCAAUUCUACUCAUUUUGCCAUGGGGCAGAGAGGAAAAUGGGCUGUUUUACAGCUGAUUUCCUACAAUUCUAAACAUUUUGACAUAGGGUGGAGAGAAAGGUUUGCAGUUUUUACUAUGAUGUCUGAGUGAGACUAACUAACAAAAUCAAUUUGGGCCCAACAGCAGGUAAUUUUACAAUUUUAGUUUAGAUAGUUUAGCGGCCAGCUAACUUAGCAAUCAAAAAAUGUUUUGCUGAUAUGGGCUAAUUGACUGACUAUCAGUGACUGACAUAAGAGAAAAACUGUUGAUGCUCAACCAAAUUUCGAAAUUGCACCUUGUGUAUUCUACUCUUCUAACUUGCAACAGUAAGUUGAGACGCCGUCUGAGUUGCUUAAAACAUUUAAAUUAAAUAAAAAAUGUUGGGGAAAUUCAUCCGAAAGCCUUCAAAAUGGUGCGGGCCUCCAGUUGCCCAUCCCUCCUUUAAAGCAUUGAGCUGGCCAACACCACCGUGAUUGUGAAGGAACCUAUCUUUUCAGUCGGAGCGGAGGUGCUUGGUUUGUGAACAGCUUUGAUGUGAUUUUCAGAAUGCGCUCUUCUGGAGGGAUUACCAUCACUUUGACAUCACCAUGCCAACCUAUACCCUUUCUUCUGCCUCCCCCUGUUCACCAGCCCCCCUAUAUCUGUUUCUGCCUCUUGAUGCUUGACCACAUAAUUACCCUGCCAAACUGCAGCAAACAGCCACAUCCUCCUGUGGACAAUGGAUAUGGUUUGUCCCGCGUCUCUUCAGUAAACACCAAGAGCCGCAAACAUCCGUUCAGGAUGUUCCCUUUUUGAUUAGGUCGAUGAGAAUUAAUUUUCAACAUUUUGACUGGCCCACCUCCAUUGUAUGGUUCUGUGUUCCUCUGUCACCAGGUUUGAUCCCAAAAAAGGGUUCUGGUGCCAGUUGUUAGACGGAGGGAAGACCAAAUGUCUGGGCAAGAGUAAAGGACGGAGAUACCCCGACAUGGACACGGAUGUAAGUUUAUGGAACAUGUACACAAACAUAACAAAAACAACGUCUGCCUUUCCCUCAACUUAAAAACAUACAAUUAUUCAACAUAAAGAUGUCACCUUGACAAGCAAGUAUUUUUUUAUAUAGUUGAAUUGUCUCUCCUAGAGUAGAUUUUAUAGAAGAAAAAUAUUUCUUUCCUAUACAGUCAGUGGUGCUUUAUGGUCUCAUUGCCUGCCUGUCUGUGACAGCCUCCGCUCAACUUCUCUCAGGCUGGGCAUGGAAAGCCACCGGAUCUGUCAGUGUCUAAUGAGCAGCCAUAGAGAGGAGAGGGGUGUUGAGGGGGACAGGGUGGGCACUGAGCUCAGGUCCUUGAAGUUACCUUGACUGCGUUGGCACAGACACCUCGGGGGUAAUUAGCUGGGAUGACAGGGCUCAUGAGACACACAGAGCAGAGCUGCAGUGCCCGCUGCCUGAGUUACUCAGUAGUCUGGACAAAAACUCUCUCUGAAAACUAAGUUAACUAAAGGUCAUUAAAUGUGAUGUUGUUCCCUGGGCAUAAGAGUUAGAUACACAUCAUAACAUUGAAGAUUGUCAUAUAAUUUCGAUAUCAAAAAUAGCUGCAAGCAGCCAUAUACAUUUACCUUUUAGUUAUUUAGCAGACACUCUUAUCCAGAGCGAUUUACAGGAGCAAUUGGGGUUAAGUGUCUUGCUCAAGGGCACAUCGACAGAUUUUUCACCUAGUCGGCUCGGGGAUUCGAACCAGCGACCUUUCGGUUACUGGCCCAACUCUCUUAACUGCUAGGCUACCUGCCGCCCCAUAUAUAGGGGUUCAAGCUUUGGCCGCCCAGCGCCACCAUCAGGAGAAAUUGGACACAUCACCCUUGGAUCAGCUUCUUCUGUACUUACCACAUUUGCCAAAUAUCAGAACUCAAAAUCAAACAUCCCGCAGUAUGCUUUUGAUGGAUUUUGUACCGUUUUAAUGUUGACUACUUUAAACGUCUUCUACUCCAGAACCGCUUGACCGAUCGGCACCAACUUUGGUAUGUAGCAUCUAUAAACCCAUGUCUUUAAAUAUUUUCCAACACUCUAGUUCAAACAACAUAAGCCAAUGAGCUUGCAUUCAUGUUUUUUCCUGUCCAACAGCACCCUCAUGAGGCCAAACUGAACCAUACUCUACAGGUUAGCUAGACUCGCGUCCCUGAGCAUGUGUGCCAAAUUCCAUGACGGAGUCAAACAGAUCAUGAGAUAUGAAUAUGUGCCCGUUAUAGCGUCAGCAUGUGGUGGAUCUAAUUGUUAUUGCGUAUGUUUAGUCUUGAACAGUGUUUGGAACAUGUGUAUAACGUUUUGUUUCAAUACGAAUAACCGUGUCUGAUUUUAUAUGCAUUUAUGUGCCCGGUCACGCCCACUUAAAUGUUUAUUGGUCAGUAGCAGCCAUGUUGUUUAUGAUGCUAGUCUGUAAAAACAUGCGCUGUGAGACCUUGGUCCAUAUAUGCCAUGUAUCAAGUUUCGUGCAGAUCGUUCAUUCGGUGCCAGAGGAGUAGCUUUAAAAAAGAUAUAUACAAAAUGGCGGAAAAUCCAUCAUGGCAGACCUUAAGGGUCCUUGAGGCAAAUUUGUUCCUUGUGAGGAGAGGGACCUAUGUACUGAAUUUCAGGACUAGGUCAAACGGGGUGAGGGGCGUGAGCUUUCAAAGUUAGCAUUUUCAAUCACUUGUUAUAGCGUCCCCAAUUGCCAUUGCAUGAGAUGUGUGGCCCUUGACCCUUUACCAUCAUGCAAGGUUGCAACCUCCUAGGCCCGACCAUCUCACAGGAAUUUGAAUUUUUUCACCAAAUCGGCAGAAAAAGGAAAGUAAUCAACAGCAACCAGUACAGUAGGGUUUCACCCAGCUUCGCUGAUUAACCCCUAACUAAAUGGGCAACUGCUGUAUCUAGGGUGGGAGCUACAAACUAUGUAUGUUUAUUAAAAAAUGUAUUGUAGCUAUAUGACCCUAUAUUUGACACACACUCUCUCUCUCUCUCUCUCUCUCUUCCCCUGUUAUCCUGUGGCAGUCUCGCUCCUUCCUUAGGGAGCAUUACAGGGAGCAAAACAUAGAGCUGUCCAAGCUGCUCUAUAAGAUGGGCCAGCCUCUACCCAGCUGGCUCAGGGAGGAGCUGCUCCACACCAGGUAG